UGGGUUUACCCUCUAUUCUGGAAGGGCUGGCGAACAGAGAGUCUAUCGUACGAACACUUAAGCCGAUGUUCUAAAGACGAUGAGGCGCUAGUAGUGGUUCAACAAUUGGAAAGCGGGGCCAAUUACAUGAGCUACCAACAUGCCUGUAUGGCUGCGGGUGGUAUUGUAGUUUGUUCAGCCCUGUACAUCACACUACACCACCCGUGCCUAAUGCGUAACCUACAGGUGGGCAUGAGAUUGCGUAACGCGUGCACUACUCUCAUGUACCAAAAGUCUUUAAAACUGAGCCAAUCAUCGCUGGCGAAGACAACUGUCGGCCCAAUAAUCAAUAUUAUGUCCAACGAUGUCAACCGGUUUGAUGAGUUUGCAAUUUCAAUGACCUGCGUGAUUGUGGGGCCCAUACAAGCCGUACUAGUUAUUUACAUAACAUGGACAUAUUUGGGCAAUUCAACGGUGGUGGGACUGGGCCUGUUUGUGCUGUAUAUACCAUUCCAGUUGAUCAUGGGUAAACUAUUUUCGCGCUGCAGACAAAAAACGGCAAAAUUAACGGAUGCCCGAUUGAGGUUAAUGAACGAGAUUAUUUCUGGUAUGAGAGUGAUCAAGAUGUACACAUGGGAGCAGUCAUUUUCGGACUUGGUGGCUAAAGCUAGAAAGUUGGAGGUGAAUGACAUACGCAAAGUGUGUUAUUUAAAAGCAAUCAAUCUGUCACUAUUCCUGAUCGCCACCAAGAUCAUAUUGUUUUGCUGUUUCCUGACGUAUGUACUAUUAGGCCACGCUCUCAGCUCAAAGAGUGUGUUUGUCACAAUGGCCCUGUUCAAUAUGCUACGAAUCACAUUAACAUGGAUAUUCCCCCAGGGUAUAGCUCAGGGGGCUGAGCUCUUGGUCACUUGUCGUAGAAUACAGGACAUUAAAAAGCUAACUCUAGACAAUAUCUCACUACACUUAAAACCUGGUGAUUUGUUGGCGGUAAUUGGUCCUGUUGGGUCGGGCAAAAGCUCACUGUUAAUGGCACUGCUUCGGGAACUGGAGCUAUUGAGUGGGUCUAUUCAUAUCAAUGGCACCGUUAGUUACUCAGCACAAGAGCCCUGGAGUUUCAACAAUAGUGUCAGAAAUAACAUAUUGUUUGGCCGGGAAUACGACGAACGCCGGUAUAAAGAUGUGGUACGAGUGGCGGCACUCGAGCGGGACUUAAAGAUAUUCCCGUUCGGCGAUCGGACACUAGUGGGCGAAAAGGGUGUGUCACUCAGUGGUGGUCAAAAAGCGAGAAUAACGUUAGCAAGAUCUCUGUACAGAAACGCCGACAUAUGCCUUAUGGACGACCCGUUAUCGGCUGUGGACGCGGCCGUUGCCGAACAUAUAUUUGAACAGUGUAUAGUGGACUACUUGGGGCCCAAAAUCCGAAUACUAGUCACACAUCAAAUCCAAUUCAUACGAAAGGCUACGAAAAUCCUUGUGUUAGACGACGGAAAGUGUUUAGCUUUGGGAACGUUUGACGAACUGUUGGCCAAAGGGUUAGACUUUAUGGCACUCAUNUCAUACGAAAGGCUACGAAAAUCCUUGUGGUUAGACUUUAUGGCACUCAUCGACGGCGACGACGACGACGAUGACGCGGACGCAGUGGUGGCCGAAAGCGAGGGCUCGAGUGUACACACGAUGUGCAGCGAAACGGACACUAAAUCACAACAAUCGGCGGUCACUGUUAGGGCCGACUCUGUCCGCAGUAGGCGUAGUGUACGGCGCCGUAAAAGCUCUGCCAUUACUAGACAGACGUCUGUUAUCGGGGCCCAGGAGGAGGAGGAGGCGCCACAAAUACAGGACGAACAACAGACAGUGGGCUCUAUCGGGGGUCGGGUGUACUGGGAAUAUAUCAGAGCCGGCUGUGGUAUAAUACUGGGCACACUUACUAUACUGUCCACCUGUAUAUCGCAGACCAUUUUUCACGCGUCGGAUCUAUGGCUAAUGCAAUGGACUAACAAUGAGGAAACACAAUCGAAAGAGAAAAAUAAUUUCGCCCUGAUCAUUUACUCGGUACUAAUUGUGGCGCUACUGCUGUCAACAAUGGUCCGGUCGAUGACAUGGUUUGCCAUUUGUAUGAUUGCCUCCAAACGUCUGCACAACACUAUAUUCAUACGGCUAUUGAGAGCACCGAUGGCUGUGUUUGACAACAAUCCCAUUGGUCGUAUACUAAAUCGUUUCACUAAGGAUCUGGGUAUUAUUGACGAGAUGUUACCAUCCACGUCAUUUGAUUUGAAUCUGACCGUAUCGCAAGCAAUAGGCAUACUAGUGGUGGUGACUAUAAUAAACCCCUAUUUAAUAAUACCGGGUGUAGUGCUGUUUGCGCUGACAAUAGCCGUCCGCGGGGUUUACACUAAAACUGCACGUGAUAUUAAACGGUUGGAGGGGCUCACUCGUAGUCCAGUGUAUUCGCACGUAAGCACCACACUUAACGGGUUGGCCAGUAUCAGGGCGUACGGCGCUCAACAGGCAUUUCGUAACCAGUUUUACACCUAUCAAAACGACCAUAGUGCCACCUGGUUUGUUUUGCUGGGAGCGUCGCGUACGCUGGGACUAAUUGCCGAUUGGUUGUGUGUCAUCUAUUUAGCCGCCGUGGCCGCAGUUAUAAUGGCAUUCCAACAUGGAAUCUCUAGUGGUAACGCUGGUUUGGCAUUUGCAUCAGCCCUUAUGCUGACGGGUCAGACACAGUUUGGUGUGAGACAGUCGGCGGAGUUGGAGAGUCAGAUGACUUCAGUCGAGCGCAUCAUUGAGUACACGAAACUACCGCAAGAGGCGGACCUACGGUCCACUCAAGACAACACACCCGACCUUCAGUGGCCACAGACGGGGGGUAUUGUCUUAGACCACAUGUCGCUCAUCUACGACAGCGCACCCGACAAACCGGUGCUCAAAGACAUCACGUGUGAGAUAAGGGGCGGCGAGAAGAUCGGUAUCGUUGGCCGGACGGGUGCGGGCAAGUCGUCUGUCAUAUCGGCGCUGUUCCGUAUGGUUGAGCCCACGGGUCGUAUAGUCAUCGAUGGUGUGGACACCAAAAGCAUUGGUUUGCAUGACUUGCGUCGGGCGCUGGCAAUCAUACCUCAGGAACCGGUGGUGUUUUCGGGGACAAUGCGCCGCAAUUUGGACCCCUUUGGCCAGUACUCGGACCCCGAGAUGUGGGCGGCUCUAGAAGAGGUGCAGCUCCGGGCGGUUGUGGAUGAGCUGCCCGGACGGCUGGACGCCGAGCUCAGCGAAGGGGGCGCUAAUUUCAGUGUAGGUCAGCGCCAAUUGGUGUGCUUAGCCCGGGCUAUACUCCGCCACAAUAGGGUACUAGUGCUCGACGAGGCGACCGCUAAUGUUGACCACCAAACCGAUGCACUCAUACAGACGAGUAUUAGGACUCACUUUCACGACUGCACUGUACUUACGAUAGCCCAUAGGCUUAACACUAUUAUCGAUUGCGAUAGAGUUAUGGUACUCGACGCCGGGCGACUUCUAGAGUUUGACGCCCCGCACAGUCUACUCGAGAAAAAGGGCUCUUUCUAUGACAUGUGCCAAAAGACUGGCCCCGAUAUGUAUCAGCACUUGGCUGUAGCGGCUCGCGAGGCAUUUGCCAAAAACUUGCCACGCUCAUAUUUGUAA